CAAAUAGUGUCAGUCUUCUCCUCGUAGUGAAGGCGGCAUCAAUUUCUGAAUUAAUUACCAUUUGUCGCGAAACUGCGCGUCCUCUAUCUUUUCUAGACCUAAAUCUCUAAUCUUAUCCCUGCUUGUGUUAAAUAUUGUCCUAAAUGGCUUCAGAUGAUGAAGUAGACGGUUCAUUUGCAGGUGACGAGGACGUGGAGGAAGGUGAAGGUCAGAAUGAAAAUUCUGGGGAAAGUGAUGAAGCACCACCUAAGGAGGAUGAUGAAUACUCUCCAGAAGAUGGCAGAAAGAAGAAAAAGGGGAAGAAAAGAAAGGCCCGUGGAGAAGACAAAAAGGGCAGAAAGAAAAAGAAGAAGCGAAAGAAUGAGAGUGAAGAUGAUGACGAGUUUGGGUUAGAGAUUGAAGCAGAAGGUGACAGUGACUAUGCGCUAAGUGCUAUGACAAGCAAGAAAUCUCGCAAGGGCCGCGGCAGGCACAACACUACGCCCUCUACACCUGCUGCGUCUGACUCGGGCUCUGGCAUGCCGACAGUCGAGGAAGUUUGCUCCUCGUUCGAACUCUCAGACGUGGACAUUCAGUACACAGACGCGGACUUCGAGAACUUGACGUCCUACAAGCUUUUCCAGCAGCAUGUCCGACCAUUGCUGGUUAAAGAGAAUCCUAAGGUGCCAGUUUCGAAACUGAUGAUGCUGGUAGCCGCCAAAUGGCGCCUGUUCUGCGAGAGCAACCCCAACCUGGGCGGCGGCUCCAACAUGGGCUCCGAGGAGAACACCAACACGUCCACGGCCUCCGACUACGUGCCUAAAGCUAGGGCUGGACGUCCGCCUAAGGAACCAAAGAACGACGAAAAGGUGGACGACGUGGAGGAGGAGGAGGAGGAGGCGGACAGCGACGGCACGCCGGCGCCGCGCAAGCGCGGCCGCAAGGCCAAGCACGCCGCGCGCGGCAAGCCCGGCCGCAAGCCCAAAGUACCCACCUUGAAGAUCAAGUUCAGCAAGCGCAAGCGGACCAGCAGCAUACAUUCAUCACAGGAGGAGGACCCCGAGGGCAGCGCGGGGGCCAACUCGGAGUCGGACGCGGAGUUCGAGCAGAUGCUGGCCGAGGCCGAGGAGCCCAAGCCCGCGCCCGCGCCCGCCGCCGCCGAGGACGCCGCCGCGCCUGCUGACGACGGCACGCCGGUAUGUACACUACCACCAGCACACAACUCUGAGUCGGACGAGCAGUUCGAGCAGAUGCUGGCCGAGGCCGAGGAGCCCAAGCCCGCGCCCGCGCCCGCCGCCGCCGAGGACGCCGCCGCGCCUGCUGACGACGGCACGCCGGUAUGUACACUACCACCAGCACACAACUCUGAGUCGGACGAGCAGUUCGAGCAGAUGCUGGCCGAGGCCGAGGAGCCCAAGCCCGCGCCCGCGCCCGCCGCCGCCGAGGACGCCGCCGCGCCUGCUGACGACGGCACGCCGGUAUGUACACUACCACCAGCACACAACUCGGAGUCGGACGAGCAGUUCGAGCAGAUGCUGGCCGAGGCCGAGGAGCCCAAGCCCGCGCCCGCGCCCGCCGCCGCCGAGGACGCCGCCGCGCCUGCUGACGACGGCACGCCGGUAUGUACACUACCACCAGCACACAACUCUGAGUCGGACGAGCAGUUCGAGCAGAUGCUGGCCGAGGCCGAGGAGCCCAAGCCCGCGCCCGCGCCCGCCGCCGCCGAGGACGCCGCCGCGCCUGCUGACGACGGCACGCCGGUAUGUACACUACCACCAGCACACAACUCGGAGUCGGACGAGCAGUUCGAGCAGAUGCUGGCCGAGGCCGAGGAGCCCAAGCCCGCGCCCGCGCCCGCCGCCGCCGAGGACGCCGCCGCGCCUGCUGACGACGGCACGCCGGCGCCAAAGAAGAAAGCCAAGACCAAGAUUGGAAACAAGAGCAAGAAGAAGAGGAACAAGCUAAAGACCACCAACAAGUUCCCCGACGGCGCGGAGGGCGAGCAGGAGCACCAGGACUAUUGCGAGGUGUGCCAACAAGGCGGCGAGAUCAUCCUCUGCGACACGUGCCCGCGCGCCUACCACUUGGUGUGCCUGGAGCCCGAGCUGGAGGAGACGCCCGAGGGCCGCUGGUCGUGCCCGCACUGCGAGGCCGAGGGCAACCAGGACCAGGACGACGACGACGAGCAUCAGGAGUUCUGCAGAAUUUGCAAGGACGGCGGCGAACUGCUCUGCUGCGACUCGUGCCCGUCGGCCUACCAUCGCUUCUGUCUCAACCCACCGCUCGAGGAGGUGCCGGACGGGGAGUGGAAAUGUCCGCGGUGCAGUUGUCCUCCAAUAGACGGCAAAGUAAACAAGAUCCUAACAUGGCGCUGGAAGGAGCACUCGGCCAAGUCCAAGGCGCCGCGGGAACGAGAGUUCUUCGUCAAGUGGCACGACCGCUCCUACUGGCACUGCAGCUGGAUCUCAGAAUUGCAGUUGGAUGUGUUCCAUCCACUGAUGUAUCGUUACUACAUGCGCAAAUACGACACGGAGGAACCGCCGAAACUUGAAGAGCCGCUCGACGAACAAGAUGGCCGAUACAAGCGCAUCAAGAGCAAGCAAGGCCAGGAUUCCGACGAGAAGGCACUGGAGGAGAAAUACUACAGAUACGGCGUGAAGCCGGAAUGGCUGAUCGUGCACCGCGUGAUCAACCACCGCACGAGCCGCGACGGCACUACGUACUUCCUGGUGAAGUGGCGCGACCUGUCCUACGACCAGGCCACCUGGGAGUCCGAGCACGCCGAUAUCGUGGGCCUCAAGCAGGCCGUCGAGUAUUAUCAGGAUAUGCGUUCCUACAUCACUUCGGAAGGCAAAUCGAAGGGAAGCAAAGGCAAGAAAGCCGGGCGCAAGAGCAAGACCCGCGACCCCAUCGACGACGACGAGAGCAGCAGCGGCCAGCAGGUGAAGGUGGCCGGCCACAAGUACUGCCCGCCGCCCGACAAGCCCGUCUCCAACCUCAACAAGAAGUACGAGGAGCAGCCGCCCUUCCUCUACGAGACCGGCAUGCAGCUGCACCCCUACCAGCUGGAGGGGCUCAACUGGCUGCGCUACUCCUGGGGCCAGGGCAUCGACACCAUCCUCGCCGACGAGAUGGGGCUCGGCAAGACCAUCCAGACCGUCACCUUCCUCUACUCCCUCUUCAAGGAGGGACACUGCAAGGGGCCGUUCUUGGUCUCGGUCCCUCUCUCCACCAUCAUCAAUUGGGAGAGAGAAUUCGAACUGUGGGCGCCGGAUCUAUACUGCAUCACUUACGUCGGUGACAAGGAUUCGAGAGCGGUCAUUAGAGAGAACGAGUUGACGUUCGACGAUGGCGCUAAUAGAGGCGGCAGACCGUCAAAAAUUAAGUCUCAGGUCAAAUUUAAUGUCUUGCUGACUUCGUACGAAUUGAUCUCAAUCGACGCUACGUGUCUCGGCUCCAUCGACUGGGCCGUGCUAGUCGUCGACGAAGCCCACAGACUAAAGAGCAACCAGUCUAAAUUCUUCAGGCUGCUCGCUGGCUACCACAUCAACUACAAACUUUUGCUCACUGGUACUCCCCUUCAGAACAAUCUCGAGGAGUUGUUCCAUCUUUUGAAUUUCUUGAACAAGGACAAAUUUAACGAACUCGCCGCGUUCCAGAACGAGUUCGCAGACGUUUCGAAAGAGGAGCAAGUCAAGAGGCUUCACGAAAUGCUGGGGCCGCAUAUGCUGCGACGACUUAAAGCCGACGUGCUGAAGAACAUGCCCACCAAGUCAGAGUUCAUCGUGCGCGUCGAGCUAUCUCCCAUGCAGAAGAAAUAUUAUAAAUACAUUUUGACGAGGAAUUACGAAGCUCUAAACCCGAAGAGUGGAGGUCAAACAGUGUCUCUGUUGAACGUGAUGAUGGAUUUGAAGAAAUGCUGCAACCAUCCUUAUCUCUUCCCCGUGGCGGCCGAAGAAGCGCCGCUAGGAGCUCACGGAAACUACGACACGUCUGCUCUAAUCAAGGCUUCGGGAAAACUCGUUCUUUUGGCUAAAAUGUUGCAGAAGCUCAAGGAGCAAGGCCACAGAGUUCUUAUUUUCUCACAGAUGACAAAAAUGUUGGAUAUCCUCGAAGACUUUUUAGAAGGCACUGGUUACAAGUAUGAGAGAAUCGACGGCGGCAUCACUGGACCCACCCGUCAGGAAGCCAUCGAUAGGUUCAACGCUCCAGGCGCCCAACAGUUCGUGUUCUUGCUGUCCACGAGAGCAGGUGGUCUGGGUAUCAAUUUGGCCACCGCCGACACUGUCAUCAUUUACGACUCCGAUUGGAAUCCUCACAACGACAUCCAGGCGUUCUCCCGUGCCCAUCGUAUCGGUCAAGCGAACAAAGUGAUGAUCUACCGCUUCGUCACACGCAACAGUGUCGAGGAGCGAGUCACACAGGUCGCCAAGAGGAAGAUGAUGUUGACUCACUUGGUCGUACGCCCUGGCAUGGGCGGCAAAGGCGCCAACUUCACCAAACAGGAGUUGGACGAUAUUCUCCGAUUUGGUACCGAAGAGUUAUUCAAAGAAGAUGAGGGCAAAGAAGAAGCCAUCCAUUACGACGAUAAAGCAGUAUCAGAUCUGCUCGAUCGAUCAAAGGAGGGUAUCGAAUCGAAGGAAUCAUGGGCUAACGAAUAUCUCAGUUCCUUCAAAGUGGCCAGCUACUCCACAAAGGAAGGCGAAAACGAGGAGGAAGUUGACACGGAGAUUAUCAAACAGGAAGCAGAGAACACCGACCCGGCGUACUGGAUUAAACUGCUCCGGCACCAUUACGAGCAGCACCAGGAAGACCAGGCGCGAACACUCGGCAAAGGCAAACGAGUGCGCAAACAGGUCAACUACAACGACGGCAGCGUCGCGCAAACAGAGAACAGGGAGGACUCGACGUGGCAGGAGAACGGCUCGGAUUACAACUCUGACUUUUCCCAGGGCAGCGAGGACGAUAAGGAAGAUGACGAUUUCGAUGAGAAGAAUGACAACGGAGAUCUGCUCAGUCGCCGCAGCAAGCGACGCCUCGAGAGACGGGAGGAGCGCGACCGGCCGCUGCCGCCGCUGCUCGCUCGCGUCGGAGGAAACAUGGAAGUUCUCGGCUUCAACGCUCGCCAAAGGAAGUCCUUCCUCAACGCCAUCAUGCGAUACGGCAUGCCGCCCCAGGACGCGUUCAACUCGCAAUGGCUAGUGCGCGAUCUCCGAGGCAAAUCCGAAAGGAACUUCAAGGCUUACGUGUCACUGUUUAUGCGGCAUCUGUGCGAGCCCGGUGCGGAUAACGCGGAAACAUUCGCCGACGGUGUGCCUCGCGAGGGCCUGUCGCGGCAGCACGUGCUGACGAGGAUCGGCGUCAUGAGCUUGAUAAGGAAGAAGGUGCAGGAGUUCGAGCACAUCAACGGUUACUACAGCAUGCCAGAACUUAUCCGCAAACCGGUGGAGCCGGUGAAGAUUGCAGGAGCCGCCGGUGAAAGUGCCGCUCCGAGCCCCGCUCCCUCCACCGCCACGCCUAUCACUUCCGCCGCGCCUUCACCUGCGCCGUCGUCGGCGGCCGCUCCCGCUGUCGAAAGCGCCGACAAAGAAAAAGAAGAAACGCCGAAGGAGGAAAAACCUGAAAAGGAACCUAAAGACGAGCCGAUGGACACCAGUGACAAAGAGGAGCGCGAGAAAUCUGCAGAAAAAGAAACUCCUAAGGAAGAGCCGGCUGAGGCUAAAGCCGAGCCGGAGCGUCGCAUGUCCGUCGACGAGGAGCCUCCUAAGGAGGAGGAGAAAAAGGAGGAGGUUAAAGAGGAAGGUCAAAAUGAAGCUGAGAAGGAGAAGCCUAAGGAGGAGCCGAAAGAGGACGAUAAGAAGGAGGAUGACAAGAAGAGCGAGAAGGCGGACUCUGAGGCCUCCGAGAAACCGAGCAAAGAUGAGAAGAAGGAUGACGACGAUGAUGAUGUCGUGCUGGUCAAGGAGGAGGAGGAUCUCAAGGUGGAGCGACGCAAGUUCAUGUUCAACAUCGCCGACGGCGGCUUCACGGAGCUGCACACGCUGUGGCUCAACGAGGAGCGCGCCGCCGCGCCCGGCCGCGAGUACGAGAUCUGGCACCGCCGCCACGACUACUGGCUGCUCGCCGGCAUCGUCACGCACGGCUACGGCCGCUGGCAGGACAUCCAGAACGACCUGCGCUUCGCCAUCAUCAACGAGCCCUUCAAGAUGGAUGUCGGCAAAGGAAACUUCCUCGAGAUCAAGAACAAGUUCCUAGCGAGGAGGUUUAAGCUGUUGGAGCAAGCGCUGGUAAUCGAGGAGCAACUCCGGCGAGCGGCGUACCUGAACCUGACGCAGGACCCGAACCACCCCGCCAUGUCGCUGAACGCGCGCUUCGCCGAGGUGGAGUGCCUCGCCGAGUCGCACCAGCACCUCAGCAAGGAGUCGCUCGCCGGCAACAAGCCGGCCAACGCCGUGCUGCACAAGGUGCUGAACCAGCUGGAGGAGCUGCUGUCGGACAUGAAGUCGGACGUGUCGCGGCUGCCGGCCACGCUGGCGCGCAUCCCGCCGGUGGCGCAGCGCCUGCAGAUGUCGGAGCGCUCCAUCCUGUCCCGCCUCGCCGCCACCGCCGGCAACCCCGUGCCCGCCGCGCAAAUGGCGGCGUUCCCCCCCGGGUUCGCGGCGGCGGGCGCGCUGCCGGGCUUCGCGCCGGCGGCGGCGGCGGCGGCCAACUUCGCCAACUUCCGGCCGCAGUACUCCGUGCCCGGCCAGCCCGCCGGCGCCUCCUCCGGCUCCAACAAAUCAUAAACCCGCGUAACUUAUCCACCGCAAUCAAAUUGGCCAAUUCAGUGAGCAAAUUAUGGUCGAAUAGAUAAAUAUUCUAGAUGUAAGCUUUCCAAGAUUCCUGUUCCAUAUUGGGUUGAAGUGAUAACUAUAGUGAUUAGUGCAUUAUGCGUUAGGUAACAUAUUGUAUGGCGUUUUGACAGACUCACAAUACUAUUUAUUUCAUCCUGACCUGUAUGUUGUCGAUAAUAUUAUAUUAUGUAAUAAGUGAUUGUGGAAUUUUUGUUUUAUGAAUUCAUUAUUUUUGAUUUACCAAAAAUGAGAAAUGAAUAAAUCAUAUUAUUAAGUGA